UACAUACCGAUAAUAAUAUUAGCAAUAUCAUAGUUGUCAUCGAUGGUGAUCAACAAGCAACCAGUUUACAACCUAUUUACUGUAAACUAACUAAAAGAGAUGAAAAUGUUUAUACUCAUGUAAUUGUUACCGGCCAAGGUCGUGGAAUGAGCGGUACAAAACUAUUAAGGUUGAAUUCCUUAUUUCCAAAUUGUGAUGUAUCCGUAUAUGACCUAGAACUUCGUAAAGGUAUUUCUUCAAAUGAAAAUAUCAUAUCAUUGGUAUUUCAAGGAAUAAAUCGUGCAUUAGAUCAAAUUCGUCCGGACGUUUUGAUUUAUAUAAAUGAUCCUGAAAGUGAAACCGUACGUGGUAUUGAUGCCGCGUUAGCUGCUUCUUUUGAAACAAAUAAGAUUGCAAAGAUUGCAAUACCAAGUCAACAUACGAAACACUUAAUGUGGAUACCUGAGUUAUCGAUAGAGUCGCUUAAAAGUUCUGAUCCUGUUACCAUUAAAUAUAGUCAUGCAUUUGAAUGGACUUUUGGUCAAAAGAACAUUCGUUAUCGAGUAAUUCAGGGUGGUUUAUUGUCUGCUGUGGUAGAAUCUUAUUAUCCUAGUGACGAUCAUGAUUUCGGUGUAAUUUUAGAAGAUGAUGUUGAACUUUCUCCUUUUUUUUACCUAUGGACAAAAUAUUCUAUCUUAAAAUAUAGAUAUAGUACUGAUCGAAAUCUUUCUGGUAGAAUGUUUGGUAUUAGCCUUUACGAUACAAAAGUUAGUGAAUUACAUUUACCUGGUCGUAGACCUUUUAACCCUGCUCUCGCUUUAAGAG